AUGACCCCAAUCCUAUCCUUCCUUCAAGAUGGACACCUUCCACAGGACAUCAAGAAGGCCAAGAAGGUUAGGAAGAGAGCAGCUAGGUUCAUGACCUUGAACGACACCUUGUAUAAGAAAGGCUUCUCCAUGCCCUACUUGAAGUGCGUCGACGAAGAAGAGGUCAAAUAUAUUCUGGAAGAGAUCCAUGAAAGGAUUUGGGAUUCCACGGACGAUUGUAUCAGACAAUGGGCGGCAGUUCGACAGUCAAGGCUUCAGGGAUUUUUGCUUAAGUCUAGGGAUCAAGAACAGUACUCAUCCCCAGGACACCCACAAGUGAAUGGACAGACGAAGGUGACUAAUCGAAGACUACUCAAGAUCAUCAAAGCCAGGUUAGACGACGCUAAGGGAGCAUGGCUGGAGGAAUUUCCUAAUGUCUUGUGGGCUUACAAGACCACGGCAAGAAUCCCAACAGGAGAAACCCCCUUCAGACUCACUUAUGGCAUCGAGGUAGUGAUCCCAGUCGAGGUGGGAAUCACCAACAUCAGACGAGAGACAUUCCACAAAGAAAGCAACGACAAUCAACUGAGGGUCAACUUAGAUUGCUUGGACGAGGUCAAAAACGAAGCUUCUAACAAAAUGACGAAGUAUCAGCAAAAGAUGGUCGAGUACUACAACAAGAAAGUGAAACUCAAACGACUUGACAUAGGUGACCUUGUCCUACGCAAAGUCACUCCGGCAACCAAAGACCUGCCCAAGGGAAACUCGGCCCAACCUGGGAAGGACCCUACCAGGUCAUCCAUUACUCUAGAUAAGGCAGUUAUCACCUGGAGACCUUAG